GAGGAGAAAGUCAGUCGCUAGCCUUGUGUAGGGUGUGUGAGGGACAUGAAAAAUGCCUUUCUCCCGUCGGAGACAACAGCCCGGUGAUCUCAUGAAUAUAUUCUAGCUGGCGGGCCAUUGUGCAAUAGUCAGGGAGGUAUGCAAUCCAGUUUCAUAGGCAAAAACGGCUGCUUGGAGCAAGGACCAACUACUAUACAGCGAUUCUUCUCACUUUUGUGCAUGCUUACAUUCCGAGUAGUGACGACGCCGGCCAAGCAGUGAUACGGAUCUUUUGAGGCCAAUUCGACGAGGCUGCAAGCUACAGUUUUAAAGGGGAAACGAUUCGCCACAUGCAGACAUGGGUGCGAACGUUACAACUUGAAGACAGACAAGACACACUGUUGCGGAUAUAAGGAAAAAUAGCUAACAUAGCCUAAUUUUGUCACCGACCAAUAUUUCUUGGAACUAUCUACCAGCUGAAUAAUACAGAAUCAAAUAGAGAAUUCCAACCACGGGUAGUUGGAGUCAAAGGGCCCCCAUACUAUACAAUGAGGAUGAGGAAGUGAUUUGCUGUUUGGGGCUGCCUGUCAGGGUCUUGUUGACCCCCCCGUUCCUCCGAUGAACCCCCUCAACUCCAUGAAACCCGGUCUGCCUCCCACUCCGCACAGUGACGGUAACUUCCUGUAUGACUCUGCCUCCUGGCAACAAGGCACCAAUCAGCAGCCAGGCGCCCUCUCUGUGGUAACCACUGUCUGGGGCGUGACCAAUCCCUCGCACAGCCAGGUGUUUGGCGCGCCCAUGGGUCCGGGCGGGAACUCUGGAGGUCACAUGAUGCAGGGCAGUGGUGGCGGUGGGGGGAUGAGUCCCGGUGUGAACCACCAGUACCAGAGCUAUGGUGAUAAGGGCUACGGACAACCAGGUCUCUACGGACGCCCCAACACCGCCUAUAACCAAGCACCACCAUAUGGACAGAGUUACUCUAAUAAUGGUGGUGGUGGAGGGGGAAUGGGCCAACGCCCCCCCUCUGACUUCACCCAGGCUGCUGCCGCUGCUGUUGCCGCCGCUGCUGCCACGGCAACCGCCACUGCCACGGCAACAGUUGCCGCCAUCCAGGAGAAGCAGAACCAGGAAAUGAACUACGGCCAGAUGGGCGGAGGACCCUCCUCCUACAGUACCCAGUUCCUGUCCCACCCGGGCCCCCAGCAGGGUGGGCCCCGCGGCCCCCCGGGGAUGAGCCCCGGUGGGAUGGUCCAGUCCCGGCCUGGACAGCACCCCUCAAUGGGGGGCAUGGGGUACCCCUCGCACCCCUCCCAGGGUCAGGGCCAGAGGAUGUCCCAGCAGCACCCAGGCUACCCAGCAGGUCAACAACAGGGGCUCAAACGCCCCUACCAAUCUGAGGGUUUCCCAGGGCAGCAACAGUAUGGUUCAGGGGGCAUGUCUCCGUACCAUGGUGGCCAGCCCCUCCAGUACCCCCCCGGCCCCCAGCAGCGCCCGCCCCAGUCCCCAUCCUACCACCCCAACCAGCGCAUGCCCCCUAUGGCACAGUACCAGCAAGGACCACCCAACCCGGCACAGUACUACAAGGAGCAGCAGUACAAUGGGCAGCAGGGUAACAUGCCACCAGGAGGCUACAACGCCUUCACACAGGCUGCUGUCAAUGCGCAGGGUGGCCGGGUGAUUCCGGGGUACCCCAGUUCUCCUUUGGGGGGUAACCCAACCCCUCCCAUGACUCCAGGCAGCAUGCCCCCCUACCUGUCACCCGGUGGGCCUGGACCAGACACCAAGCCCCCCUUCCUCCCCCAAGGCCCUGACAUCAAGCCCCCCUUCCUCCCCCAAGGCCCUGACAUCAAGCCCAACAUCAACUCCCUACAGCCCCCCACUGGUAACCCUAGCGACGACCUGCGGCUGACCUUCCCGGUGCGCGACGGCGUGGUGCUGGAGCCGUUCCGAUUGGAGCACAACCUGGCAGUCAGCAACCAUGCCUUCCAGCUGCGAGACUCCGUCUACAAAACCCUCAUGAUGAGGCCUGACCUGGAGCUGCAGUUUAAGUGUUAUCACCAUGAGGACCGGCAGAUGAACACUAACUGGCCCGCUUCCGUACAGGUACAAUCACACUUACAGGUUUCUGGUCCUUGCUUACAGGUGAGUGUGAACGCCACACCGCUCACCAUCGAGAGGGGCGACAACAAGACGUCCCACAAGCCCCUCUACCUCAAGCAGGUGUGUCAGCCAGGACGCAACACCAUCCAGAUCACCGUCACCGCCUGCUGCUGCUCCCACCUGUUUGUGUUGCAGCUGGUCCACAGGCCAUCAGUACGCUCGGUUCUGCAAGGUUUAAUGAAGAAGAGAUUACUGCCCGCAGAGCACUGUGUGUCUAAGAUUAAGAGGAACUUCAAUAGUGGGACCAUCCCUGGAACCACAGGGCUGAACGGAGAGGAUGGUGUGGAGCAGACGGCCAUCAAAGUCUCUCUGAAAUGUCCCAUCACCUUCAGACGCAUCCAGCUUCCCGCACGGGGACACGACUGUAGACACAUCCAGUGUUUUGACCUGGAGUCGUACCUGCAGUUGAACUGUGAGAGAGGGACCUGGAGAUGCCCUGUGUGCAAUAAGAGCGCUCUACUGGAGGGACUAGAAGUGGACCAGUACAUGCUGGGGAUUCUAAUUUACAUACAGAACUCGGACUAUGAGGAGAUCACCAUUGAUCCAGUGUGUGGCUGGAGGCCGGUGCCCAUUAAACCAGACAUCCACAUAAAGGAGGAAGCAGACGGGCCUGUGUUGAAGCGCUGCCGGACGGUCAGCCCCAGUAACAUGAUGAUGCCCAAUGUCAUGGAGAUGAUAGCUGCCCUGGGACCGGCCUCCUCGCCCUACCAGGGUCUACCACCUGGGGGCAGGAACACACCUGACUACAACAGCCAAGCAGGUCAAGGAUACUCCAGCCAGUCAGGCUUCUCUGAGUUCCCCAACACCCCUGGAACUCCCACCCUGAGAGACUUCACCUCCCCUGGACCACCUAACAUCUACCAGCAGGACCAGAUGUCCCACUCUGGCCGUAUGGACCCUUCCCAUAAUGCCCUGCAGCAACAACAGCAGCAGCACCAGCAGGGUCUUCACGGUAACCAGAGUAUCGGAGGCGGCGUUGGCGGACAGAUGCAGCAGCGGAACUCCAAUACCCAGAAUGCCCGGCUGCAGACGGAGGGUUCGUUCGGCCUGGGGGGAGCGGGAGGAGGAGAGGGAGCGGAUCACACCCUGGACCUUCUCCCUGAGCUGACCAAUCCAGACGAGCUGUUGUCCUACCUGGGUCCUCCAGAUCUACCUAGCAACAGCAAUGAUGACCUGCUCUCUCUGUUCGAGAACAACUGAAGACUCUCUUCCUUCCUCGUUUAGGGACAGCUUCAUCCUAUUGAGAGGGGGGAGGGGACGGGACUGAGAGGGAUUCAUGUUUUUAUACCCCAUGCCUGCCCAUCCCUACCCUCUGUGGACCAGACCAACAGGAAGGUGCAGAGGGUAGUGAGAGACAGACUGGAAACUCUGUCAAGACUGUAGUGUUUUUAGACUCAUUAUAAAGCAUCCCUUUGCACUCUGGAUCCAUCAAAAAAAAAAAAACAGAAUAAUCCAGUGAAAAUGGGACUGCCUGCACUGGCCAGCCGCUAUACCUGUAAUGUUCUUAAAAAAUCACAAGCCGAAGGAUUUUCAACUUUUUAAAGGACCUUUUUAGAAACCAGAAAAAUUAAGUGUUAUGUUGACUUUCCAUUGUGUAUUUAUGAUUGUGGAACUUGUCAAUAAACAAGAAACAGACAGUGGA